AUUCAAUCCGCCAGUUAGAAAAUUCAGAUGAAUAUUUAGUUCCAAGUGCAAAGAAAGAAUCAGGACUUAUUUAUAAUGUAAAUAGCACUAUUGGAACAUGCAAUUGUUUUAUUGGAAUGUCAGGUGCACCGUGCAAGCACCAAGGUGCUGUGGCCAUGAAGUAUCAUAUUAGAAUUAUCAAUUUUUUACCUUCGUUAACGCCUAACGAUCGCAUGACUUUUUCUUAUAUUGCGAAUGGAUUCCAUGUGAAAGAUCAUUCCUUUUAUGCAUCGUUGCGCACAAAACCUGCAUUGGUCAAUCAGCAUAGUUCUAUAAAUGAUAAUGAAGACGAUGAUUUAAAUACUAUAUCAAUAGCAGAAUGCAGGGCUUACGCAAGCAAUGAAUUCAGUAAAAUGGAAGAUCAGGAAGCUGAGUUUGACAAUUCAUCUUUCAAUGAAUUUUUAGCAAAUAAGGUUGGCGCAAGCAGUGAAAUAGAAGAUCAGGAAGCAGAGUUUGAUAGUUCAUCUUUCACCAACUUUUUAAAAGAAAUCGAUAAUGAUUAUAAAAUCGGUGGCUUACAACUACAACAAGCAUUCGAUAAGUUUGCUGAACGCUACAAGGCUGCCAAAUCACAAUCAAUUGGACGA